AGCUGAUGAAUGAAAUGACAAUGACAACCUAAACUACCUGAGUCAAAAGGUAAGGUAAGGCAGGGCAAGGCAAGGCAAUGCCAGGCAGGGUUGACCGGGGUAGACUUGGCGAAGAAGUGGGCAGAAAGACGAGGAUCCUUUGUAUUUAGGUAGGUAGGGAUUCAAGGGGAAGAGAGGGAAAAAAAGAGCACGAGCACAGACAGGAACAAGGCAAUGAUAAACAAGGCACAAAGAGACAAGAAGAGAAAGACAAGAAAAAAAGACGCUUGCUACUGCUGCUGCUGCUUGUGAGAGUGAGAAGUGAGAGGAAAAGAGUUGGUCCCAUGAUUUGACUGGUCUCUUACAUGGAUGUGCCUGGGAGACUGCGGGUGGCUGACAAAAGGUUGCUCACUAGCAGAUACCUAGUACUCUGUGCAGUAUAGCACAACAAGCAGCUGACUCUUGUAUCAUCCGAAGCUACCUAUUACACAAGCUAUUUGCAUGUUGAUCCUUUUGUUUCUUCAAUCUCUUUGUUACACUGCCCUUUCUUUGUCUUGUUAAUCAUCUCUGCGGUGUUUAUAACUAUCCCGUCCCCCAUCGGAAUAUACAAUAACAGCGUUAUGUACUUCCGACAAACAAACACAACGCAUCAUGAACUGACAUAUCAUAACGCAAACAGACAUCAUAUCACAUAGCAGCAACCCUUCGCUGCCGGCCCCUCGUGGCCUGACACGUGCAUCACUGUUGUAGGCGCCCCGGGUGAUCCCUCCCACGAGGAGCAGGCAGUACAAAAGUCCAACAACUUUUCAUUUUUCGCAACGGUCUACGGCUGUGUAAGGCAAUCUAAGCCCAUAACACGAAAAUAGCUGUUUUCAAAACCUGGUUGGUUCCCUCUUGAGGCUGAGCUUACUGUACUGUACUUUUUGCUUGUGUCGCAGAAACAGUGUGUGCUGAACCCCCACCGAGAUCUGUGAGAUGAUUUGGCACGGGCUGAAUAAUCUCGAAGAUUCUUACAUGUUCCCUCAGCGUCAUUUGAGGCUGAUAGAUCACUUUAUUCGGAUAUUUUUGUAGACGGGACGGACGGUAUGUACAACGUGAGAAUGAACAAGCAUCUUUGUGAAACAACAUGGCACUGAUGUCAUUGUUUACUCGAGGACAGGGGACCAUUUUUAAUUGACAGCCCAACCAAGCAAGUCUGAUCCGAAAACGCGGAGCAGAGGCGGUUGAGUCGCUGAUGUAGGGCAACGGUCAUCUCCAAUUUCAUCACGUACUGUUUCGUUGGCCUCUUCUUCUGAAAGUUGAGACAAGCAAUUCCGAGCUUUGUGACGUCUUUGUCUACUUCUUCCACACUCCUUCUGAAAUACUUCUUUGUAUAAUCGCUGAGCUUUGAUCAACUUCUCUUCUACCUUAUUCUUGGUAAUACAGAAUCAGACCACCAUGGACGCCCUCAAAUCAGCCAUCACCCCCGUCACGCAUAACCUCCCCGCGCCGAUUCGCGACUUGGGCGUUUCCAUCAUCGGCGAGACCUGCUACAAAUCUCUCCUUCUCGACGUUAAUAUAGAGGAUGCCGAAUGCAUCAAGUUUGCCGUCUCCAAGGCUCUCGGCAUCGGUAUCAUCGCUGCUUCGUCCAUCGUCAAGGUUCCCCAGAUCCUGAAGCUCAUCAACUCCAAGUCCGCUGAGGGUGUAUCUUUCCUCUCAUACCUUCUCGAGACGGCGUCGUACAUCAUCUCGCUCGCCUACAACUUCCGAAAUGGCUUUCCUUUCAGCACCUAUGGCGAGACUGCCUUGAUCGUGGGACAGAACGUUAUUAUCUCGGUGCUUGUUCUGAACUACAGUGGCCGUGCUAGUCUGGCUGCUGUGUUUGUCGCUGCCCUUGCUGGAACUGUUGCUACGCUGUUUGCUGAGAAUGUUGUGGAUGCGCAGACUCUGAGCUACCUCCAAGCUGGUGCUGGUGUUCUGAGCGUUUCCAGCAAGCUGCCUCAGAUCCUCACCAUCUUCCAGCAGGGUGGCACCGGUCAGCUCAGUGCUUUCGCUGUCUUUAACUACCUGGCCGGUUCUUUGUCUCGAAUCUUCACAACCCUCCAGGAAGUUGACGACAAGCUCAUCCUCUACGGAUUCGUCUCCGGCUUCAUCCUCAACGCCAUCCUUGCUCUCCAGAUGAUCUUCUACUGGAACGCUCCCUCUGAGAAGGCCAAGGGCAAGCAACCUGCUGCCCCUAUUGCAGCCAAGCCUGCUGUUCUGACACCCUCUUCCUCUACCACUGCUACUCCCAAGAAGAGCCCUACCACUCGCCGACGUGGUUAGAUGUUCACAUCCGUAUCGUGUGGUUGCGCUUGCUUUAUAGACUCGAUUUGUCAUACUCAUUUUUAAUAAGAUCACUGUUACGUGCUUUGGCUUCA